GUUCCCGUCGCAGUCGAAACUGUAUCAAUUUCAUAACUCUUCUCCUUGCAUGCACCAGCGUUUCCCAGCAUUGCUUUGCAAGCGAUAUGGUUUGUGCCUUGGCGACUCACCGAUUUUUCGCAGCAUUUCGUGCUCGUUGAAAUGCGGCCAGUAAAUCUUUUUUCUUUUAGCUCCGAGAAUGGAGCACUUUGAGGUGGAGCUGCCAGAGCGCACGCUCGAGCCGUGGCUGUUUGACGACGAAGGCGAGGACGACGAUGAUGAGUACAAGGUGGAUAGCGACGUGGAAGCCGACGACAGCGAUUCAGAGGAGGCUGAAGAGCACGAAAACGCUCUUCCGCCGGACGAGGGCACGCUCGAGCUUCUGGAACUGGCGGAUGACGUGCUGGACAGCAUUGAGGAGAAGGUGCUGAGCGACAGCGAGUGCGUGGAGAGCGAUGCGGAAGAUGAGGAAGAGGACACGCUCAACGCAGCAACAGCCUCACAGCAGCAGGGGACCCCAAGCGGCCACGCCAGCGGCUCUGCAGGCGCAACCCCCUCGACCGUGGCACUGCAGCGGCGCGAGGCGGCGCACCGUCAGCACCUGCCAACAAUUGCGGAGGAGGCCACGCCGUGCGGUGGAGCAAGGCCCCCUGGCCUGCCAGGGUCGCUUGCGCACAGUGCCGCUGCACACCAGGCCGCGUACGGACCUGGCCAACAGUGGCAGCAGCCGGGCUUCCAGCAUUUGACGCAUACACCGGACCCGGGCGCAGCGCAGCAGCUGCCGCCAAACCAGGACUGUGCGCUACAGCCCCAGCUUCCUGGGGAUGAUACGGACGCAUACUGGCAGCAGCAGCAGCAGCAGCAGCAGCUCCAGGGCCAGCAACAACAGCCCGCCCAGCAGCUCGACCGGCAAGAGUACGAACCGCAGGAGCACCCGCAGGGACCAGAUGGGUCGGGCGCAGUCGGCGGUGGGGGCGGCGCGGGCGGCAGCAUCGAAGUGCAGCCGUCCAGCGGCAUCUGCCGGCGCACGCGCGCGCACGUGAACUUGCGGGAUGUGCGGAUGGAGGAGCUGGAGCAGCAGUUGCCGGAACACGUGGACCAUGAGGAGAUUGAGGCGGCGGAGGACGACGAGGAGUACAGCAGGUUCCUGCAGGCCCUGUUUGCGGAGCCGCUGCCGGAAGUCAGCUCUGACGAGGACCCAGACUUUGAGGAGGUGCUCGGGCUGGAGCUGGGGUCAGGUGAUGCCGGCGGCGGCUGGAUGGCGUUGCUCAACUCGCCCAGCCGCGAGGAGGGGGCCGGCGUCAGUAGCGGCGACGACAUCGUGGACGGCGCGGCGCCCGGCAGCCCCGCGCGCCGGACGCGCGGCUUUUUCCGUGCGCGCAAGCUGCUGCAGGACCAGCAGGAGCGGGAGUUGCUGGAGCAGGCGCGGCAGCGUGGGGCGGAGGUGGUGGAUGCGGAGAUGAUGACGCCGGAGCAGAUGUCCACGCUGCAUGCGCAGCUUCACUGCCACACGCAGAUGCUGGUGCAGAUGUACGUGAUGAUGGCGCGCGACCCAGAUCCGCAGGCACAGGAGGUGGCGCGUCAGACCAAGUUGCUAAUGGACCAGCUGGAGCUGGCGCGGGAGGUGCACUCGCUCAUGCGGAAGGGCGUGGGCCUGCACCCCUACACCGCCGACAUCAUCUGCCGCCCGGGGCCGCCCAUUUUGCUGUCAGACCUGGUGACCCAGAUCGAGCGCGAGGGCGGCGGGGAGGCUGGGGCGGCGACUGAUGCCGGCGGCGCUGCCGGCGGCGCUGCUGGCCCCUCGCAUGCCCACGCGGCCGUGGCACCUGCAGCCACGCAACGUGCGGCAGUGUGGAUGGGGCCGCCAGCGGCUGGUGCAGGAGCGGCCGGUGGGACUGCCGGGCAGCCAGGGGCUGACGAGGCGGCGGCGCUGAUGGCGGCCGCGGCGGCCGCGGUCGCAGAGGCACAGGCCACGCUAUCAGGCAUGCCCAGCAUGGCUGUGGCUGCGCUCGCCGCCCUGCAGCCGCAAACAGGCAUGGAGGAUGGGGCCUACGGGGACACGGACGCGGAUGGCGGUGCUGAUCUCGAUGGGGACGAGUGCGGCAGUGCAAGUGCGUAUGCCAUUCAGGCUCAGAAGGCCGCCACGGCCGCCCGUAGCGCGGCCACAGGCGCAGCUGUGCGCGCGUUCCGACCGCCUUGGUUGCCACCCCAGCCGGACAACUGCGUGUGGACCGUCUACGACGUGCUGCCGCUGCGGUUGUUCCCACAGAUUGUGGCAAUCCUGCAGACGCUUCCAGCAUACAAGAGCAGCUACUUGGCUGCCCACCGGAGACUCAAGGCGAGCGGGGCUCAGCGGCGGCGCCGGCACCGGCGCAGGCAGAAGUCCGACCCGCUAGCCUUUGCCAUCAAGUGGGCUGCGCCGGCAUUGCGUUGCCUGCAGGGCUACCUGUGCGCAGCGCUGUGUUUCAUUCCCAGCCCCAUGAUGCCUGACGCCUACUGGACGGACGCCGAGGAUGAUCUCCUGUGGCACGGCAUCAGCAAGCUCGGCACGAUGUACAACGCUAUCGCGGCCUUGUACCUGCCCAACCGCACCUUCAAGCAAGUGACUUAUCGCCACAAGAAUCUGAGGGGCCGCGGGCGCGCUGGCGACCACGCGCUCCUGGCUGUCGCCAUGCAGGCAGCAAUGCGCGCGCAGACGGAGCAGGAAAAGCAAAUAGCAGGCGCGGCGGCGGCGGCCGUCUUCGCAGCAUUGCCCGGCGCUCCGGUACCGCCCGACGCAACGGCUGCCGCGGCCGCAGCAGCUGCGGCCGCGGCUGCAGCUGCAACCGUGGCAGCCAACGCCGACCAGACGACAGCCAAUGCCAUGGCGCGGCGGUAUCCCCCAAAGGCAGCGGCAACGCCGACCGCUGCAACUGCAGUUGCUGAGCGGCCGAAGCGGUCACGAGCAGCCAAGCAGCCGCCGGCUGCGGCUGCCCCUGUCGCCUCUGUCGGCGAGGGCACGGAAGCGGCACAGCAGGCUGCCCUCGCGGCCGCUGUUGCUGCUGCAGCCGCUGCGGCCACUGCGGCGGCCAUCGGCCAGGUGCCGGAGCAGCCUCAGGCUGCGCCGGCAGCUGUGCCGCCGGGGCACGAAACCAUCAGCACCGGUGUGUACGGUGCCGACGGUGGUGAGGAGGCGCCGACCGCCGACGCCACCCCGGCUGCCACCACGGCCGGGGCCGCGGAGGAUGGUAGCGUUCCAGCUCCUGGCGCUGUUGUUGCCGAGGGGACCAGAACCGCGCGCGAGGCAGCGGCUGCGCUGCGGGCGGCCAGCAGCAACUCAUUGCUGGCGCACGACGUGCUGGCCAUGGUGACGGCGGCGCGCAUGAUGGCGCUGCCCGCUGACGUGACCGCGGCGCAGGUGAUGCAGGUGCAGCACUGCCGCCUCGCGAAGGUGCAGCAGCUGGUGCAGCAGCAGCAGCAACAGCAGGGCAAGACCAAGCGCAACGUGAUCGGGCCGCUGGCCUACGCGCCGCUGGCGGCCAUGCAGCAGGCCGCCGUCGACCGCGCCACGCCCAUCCCGCUGGGCGUGGUCACGGCGCUGGCGGUGGGCAUCCCGGGGCCGGUGCAGGUCGCCGGCGUGGCAGUCCUGAACCAGAUCCUGGCGGGAGAUCCUGACACCCAGACCAUGCAAGACAUCCGGCAGCUGAUGGUGGUCGCGCUGCAGCACCGCGCCGCGCGCGAGGGCUACUACAGCCCUCGCGGCGCGCAGGCGUACGCGAUGGCGACACAGCUGCAGGACCGCGCCAACACCGCCUACGCCAGGGAGGCGCUGCAGCGCAUCAGCGAGGGCUUCCAGCGGCAGUUCAGGAUGGUGCCCGCCGUUGCCGCCGCCACGGGCCCCGCCGCGGCGGCGGGCGUGGCUGGCGCCGCCGCGGUCGCUCCCGGUGAGCAGUCGCACCAGCAUGCGCAGCAGGCGCUGCAAGCACUGCAGGCCGCAAUGGCGGCCGCUGUUUCCGGCGGGCAGCCUUGGAACGGGCAGCCUCCGUACGGGGCUGCAGCCGCAGGCAUGGCCGCGGGUCCUGCGGCCGCGCCUGCUGGGCCGUUGGCGGGUGCAUCACAGGCACAGCCGGUGGCUGCAACGGCUGGCGCUGUGCACAUGCAGCAGGCACAGGGUGACGCCGUGGCAGCGGCAACGAUGCCUCCGGCUAUGGAUGGUGGAAUGAUGGGAGCGUGGCCUGCGAUGGCAGAUGGCGGCGCACCUGCGGCUGUGCUUGCGGCUGCGACAGCAGCGGCUGCGGCAGCAGCGGCCGCUGCGGCGCAAAAUCCGGCAGUGGGGUUGCAGCAGCUACAGCAACUUCAGCAGCUGCUCCAGAUUGCGAAGGCGAUGCCAGCGGUGCUGCAGGCUGGAACGGCAGCAGGCCCCAAUGCGCUCGGGGGCGGAAUCCCCGGCGUGGGGCUGCCCGUUGAUGCCAUCGCAGCCGCCCAAGCGGCAGCGGCUGCAGCCACGGUGGCUGCCCUUGCCAGCAGCAGUAUGGCAGCAGCCGCACAACACCAGCAGCCACAGCAGCCUCACGCAGGGUUUUCAGGCAUGCUGCAAGCGCAUGCGCCCUGGAUGCCGACAGCCGCUGCUGCGGGGCCGCCAGUGUAUGCCCACGGCACGGUGGAGCUAGCGGGGACCUCCGCAGGCGCACCGCUGCCUCAGACGGCACCCGGCGACGCCCACGGUCUGCAGCACAGCCACGAGCACGGGCACGGAGCCGUGGACGAGCAGCACGCUGCGGCGACGCCGGGUGCGUUCCACGACCUGGCUGAGAUGGACCUGGACGUGGAUGACGUGGAGGUGGGCGGCGAGGGACCCAGCGACUCGCUGGAGCCCUGGCACGGCCUGUCGCGGGGCCCGUGGUCGCCGCCACCCCUCGCCUCGCCGCUGGGCUCUCCGACGCCGCAGGCGCAGGCGUACCAUCCCCCCCACCCUCAUGCACAGCAGCAGCAGCAGCAGCAGCAGCAACAACUGCAGCAGCAGCAGCCGAUGGCGGCAGCUGGCACCGGCGCCGCGGAGCAGGCCCAGAUGGCAGGGCACGGAGCAGCACACGCUGCCGAGGGCGCGGGCGCUGGGCCAGGGCCUUUCGCUACAGCCCACCAAACCCCGGGGCCGCCGCACGCCGCGGUGGCUGCCGGCGCCUCCGUGCUGCCCACUGACCCGCGCCUCACCUUUGGCCGCUUCCUUCACAACCGCUCUUCGCACACGCAGCUGCCGGCACCGGUUGAGGGACAGCUCUCGGGUCAGGCACACUUGGGUGAGCCAGCAGUAGGCCACGCGGGUUUCCUUGGGGCCCGGCAGCCUGCCGGCACGGCAGAGGCGGGGCCGGCGAUGGGGUCCCCGCCACUGCUUCAUCUUCCAGAGGGCGAGGCAAGGCCAACUGUUUCGGACGGCUUCACCCUCGGCGGCUUGUCGGACAUCCUGGGCGCUUCGCUCGGCGGCUUUCGGUCUGGCGCCGCCACGCCAGCAGUAUGCCGUUCCCCCCAUGCCAUGUCGCAGGGUCACACAAUAUCGCACCUGCUUGGCAGCGGUCUCGGGCUCACCACCUUGCUGCAGUCGGAGGACGGUGCAGGCGGCACGCCUAGCCGGCUGGGCGGCCUGACCGAAAUCCUCGCAGGUUGCUCGCCUGGCACGGCCACACCAACAAAAAACGCUGCCGCCGGGCCCAGUCGGCCGCACACAGGCGCAGUGACAGCUGCGGGUCCAGCGGCUCCAGGGGCAGACGCAGGUGCAGCUGGCGGACGGCGGAGGUCGGAGAGCCCUCCACUCGCCGCUGUGGCAGGCGCAGCUGCGGCUGUGGACGGGAACGGAGGCGCGGCGGCGCAGACGCCGCCGGAAGCAGCUGGCGCGGGCGGCGGCGGCGGCAAGGCCGCGGGUGCUGCAGGCGUGGCGCAGCCUCCGCGUGUGGGCCCGACCCCGACUCGGCAGCUGUUCAGCCCAACCAGCCCAACGAGCGGCGGCGUUGGGCGGCGGGGCCAGCUGGGCUCCAUGCAGCGAGUGGCGUCGCAGCUGCGAGCGGCUGUCGAUGUCACGCCCUCCUCCGAUCCCAAGGCUAAAUGUCGCAGCCGCAUCGGCGCCCUAGCGGAGGCCUCUCGGCAGGAGGACACGCAGCCCAGCCCCUUUGAGGGCACCGCCCAGAAUGACAGCGGCGGGCCCGGCAGCGGCGAGCGGUCGGGCUCCCAGCCGCCCGGCUCACAGCAGCGGCAGGGGCGCGGCACCACCAGCCGCUACCGCCCACGGCCGCCGCUCUUCACGGAUGACGCGCAGGAAGAUUCCUCCGGCCCGGGGCCGCGUCGAACACCCAGCGCCGGCAAUGCGCCCAACUCCACGGGCAGGGCACCGGCAGGCACCGGCGGUGGAGCGGCAGGCGCCGCCGCUCGGGCCCAGGCCGGCACAGCGGGAGGGCCAGCGGGCCGGCUUGAGGCUGUUGCGGAGGUUGACGAGGAGCGGAGCGAGGAGGCGGAUGAGGAGGGCGAGCAGGGCCUUCUGCGGGCGCGCAAGCGGCUUCGGCUUGACAUGGAUGAUGAGCCUCCUGCCGGCAAGGCCAACGCCACGGGCAUGCCGGGCACAGGCGCGGAUGCAACGGGCGCGGCUACUAGCGCUGCGGCGUCGCCCGACGGUGGCGCGGCGAGCACGUUGACUGCAGCGACGGAGCCCGCAGGCCGCUCGCCGGUAGGCGCUCAGCCACCGGUCGGCCGGUCCCGCCUUGGCAAACAGCUGCCACCGCGCGACCAGCUCCGAGGAAAGGCCAUGGCGCGGGCGCUGCAGGCCGAGGCUACCGCGCCGGUGAAGACUGCUGCAGCAGUCAGCAAGGAAGGCUCGCCGGCCUCGCCGCGGCCAGCAGCGGGCCAGCAUGCGGCCGGCGCGCCAGCUGCGGCCGCGCAGACGGCAACAGACGAUCAAACUGAUGGGCUGGUACACGGCGUCGGUAGCUGUGGCGGCGGCGGCAGUGGCUCCAAGCCCUCCUCGCGGCAGCCGUCGUCCACAGCAGCCACCACCUCUGCAACCCGUAGCAAUAGUGGCGCCGCCGCCUCGUCGGGUGAGACCAGCAACGGUGGUGUUGCCACGGGGAGCGAUCCGCGCAAGGACGGCGGGCCGCCGGAUGCUGCUGGCGGUGGUUCGUCAGGCGGGGCCGGCGCCGGCGGUGGCACCAUCAAACGGCGAUCCACUGCAUCAGCGCCGGCAGCGGACACGACCGGGACAAAGCGCGCGCGGUCAGGGCGCGGCGCCGGGGCUGGCUCCGAGCAGACACGCAGUCGUGGCGGUAAGGAGCCCCCGACAGCAGCACCGGCAGCAGACCCCGGCACUGGCGCAGAGACCGCGGCUGUGGCUCUUGCACGAGCAGCACCUGCCGCAGCCAAAGUUGCAGCCACCAGUGGACAGAAGCGAACUCGCGCCAGCGCUGCGAAGAUAGCCGCCGCCGCGGCUGCAGCUACGGCUGCCGCCCCGCUCGCGGUCGUGGAUGCGAACGUUCAGGCGGCUCCUGCAGCCAAUUGCGCACUCGACCGGCCCACCACUGCCGCCGGCGUGUGUCCGGCUGGGGGGCCUGAGGCGGCGGCGGCCACGGCUGCAGCAGCAGCGGGUCCUUUGGGCAGCCGGGCAGAUGGGAUGGGGGCCGCUGCGGCUGCAGAGCCCGCCACGGCUGCACGGGGUGGCGCAGGGAGCGGCCGGCCGCCACGCGCGCCCACAACCCGCCGCGUUACGGCAGCAGCAGCCGCUGCCGCCAAGGAUGCGGCCGUUUCGCCAAGUGGCGCCAACGCUGCCGUGCCGGCAUCCGCUCAUGGCACCAAGACCGCUGACGCGACGGCAACAACUUCUCCCCCACCUGCUGGCGCCCCAGGCUCGGCAGCGGCGCCUGUCAGCCCACCGGAUGCGGUUGGCGACCGCGCAGGCCAGGCGCCGGGCUCGGCCGGCCCUGCCUUGUCCGCAGGCGACUUCUCCUUGGGGGGCCUGAGCCUCCACUCCAUGCUAGGCAUGGACAUGAGCACCCUGGGAGGCGCCCUGGACAUUGUCUCAAUGCUGCCCGCCAUCAGCACGCGCAGCAUGCAUGCCGUGGAGGACGGGUCGCCGCCGCGCACCGCGGCGCAGCUCUCCGGUGGCGCGGGGCCUGCGGGCGCCGCACCAGUCGCGGCGGGGGUCGGAGCAGCGGGCAGUGGCGCGGGCAGUGACCCCGUCACGGCGAGGGCUGGCACCGCCGCCGCAACAACAGCAGCAGCGGGUGACGCUCACGGCGGCGCCGUCCCCAUGCCGCAGUCGGCCACGGCCUCUGCUGCCGGCUGCUUUGGUGGCCUCCGUGCGGGCGCUGGGCUCGCCCCGGGUUGCGUAACUGGGGCCGGCGUGGCCGCGAUGAACACCGGGGCGGCCCCGGGCGCUGGCGGUGGAGCCGGCGCGGGCUGCCUGGUGUCGCCGCCGCGCGGGCAGCUGCUGCAGGUGACACCUUACGCGCCGAGCACCUGCACGCUGAACACGCUGGACAUACUGCCGCUCUUCAGCAACUCCAACUCGCUGUGGGCGGCGCUGCAGCUAGGCAGCGGCGGCGGCAGCGUGGGCGACUUGGCGCUGGGCUUGGGCGGCGGCGGCAGCGGCGGCCUGCCCCGCACCGGGGCCGCGGGCCGGCCUGUGGUUGCGGCUACCACCACCGCCAGUGAUGGCGGCGCCGGCAGCGCUGGUAGGGCGGUCCUGGGGUCGGCGGGCGAGGCGGCCGCGGGCGCGCGGGCGGACGGGCCUGAGGCUCAGCAGCUGCUGGCGGGCUGCACCGGGGUGUCGCCGGCGGACCCGUGGACCAGGUUCAUGACCGCGGAUCACAGCCCACCUGCCGGCCGGCCCCCGGCAGCACGGCCCCAUGGCAGCACAAACGCAGCUGCAGGCGCUGCCUCCGGGACAGCCGCGGCAGUUGCAGACAGCACAGCGGCUGCGGCGCAAGGACUGCGGGCAGACUCGGCCGCCGCGGAAGGGGCUGUCGGAAGCGGUCAUCGCCUGCACGCGGCGCCGUUGGCAACAGCAGCCGCAAGUACAGCUGGCCCGGUGUUAGGCCGCAGCCGAAAUGCUGCAAAUGCCGGAGACACAGGUCCGUUGGCUGUUGGCAAGGCUGCCGCAGCUCCCGCCCGAACCGAAGCGGUGCUGGGGUUCACGAUGGGAGCGGCGGCGGCAGGCACAGGCACAGUCGCAAAGCCGCAGCGCCCGACGCUCAUGUCGCCGCCGCCGCCACCACCCACCAUGGUGUCCAAGCAGCGCAUGACGGCGGGCGGCUCACGUGCCCCUGGCUCCGAAACGGUGCGACUCUUCGGCCGGACUGUGGAAAAGCCGGCGCCGGUGUCUAUUAUGCCAGUGCCUGUGGCGCUACCACGGCCGCCCUCCGGGGCGUCCCUUGUUGGCGCCGCAGGAGGCGGCGGCGGCGUGGCACCGGACGCCACGCCCGCCUUCGCGUCGCGCCGCAGCCGGCAGGACGAUGCUGACAUGGCGACUGACAACGCCCCUCGGCGAGCAGCGCCUGCCGUCGCACCUCAGGCCACGCCAAUCCAUGGCAGGGCGGUGGGCUUCGAAGGCGUGUCCAGGCGGGGGGCUCCGGCAGACGAUGCGGCGGCUGGCGUGGCCAGCCCAGCCGAGGGCGUGCGCUUGCCGGCGGGUGGACAAGAGAAGGCCGUGGGACUGCCGGCGGCAACUCCGGCUGUCACGCGGACGCGACUGCAGCCGCUACCUGAGGCCAUGCCCACGCCGGCGGCCGGCGCUGGCCCGGCGCUUGCUGUGGCAACGGUCGUGCAGGAGACGCCGGCGCCCGCGGUCGCCGUGGGUGCGCCGCUGACACUGACGCCCAUCGCCAUCGAGCCAAACGAGGCAGCGGAGGCGGCCGCGCCCGCGUCUGUGGCCCACGCGGUGACGGGGGGCGCGCGUCUCGCGUCCUCGCGGACAGCAACUAGCCGAUCCGCUGCCGGUGCGCCUUCGUCCGGAGAUCCAGCGCCAUCCGCGUCUGCCUGGGGCUCGCACGAGCCGCGGCCGGAGCCGCGGUAUCAGGGCGGGGCCUCGCGCGCCGGUGACGGGGAGCCCGGUGCAGCGACGUCGCGUGGGGGCGACGCCGACACGCCUGGCGGCACCUGCAUCAGUGCCGCCGUCAGGCGGGCACCGCGUGUUGCCUUCGCGGACCACCAGCCCGAACGCGUUGCAGCCACGCCCUCCGCCUCGGUAAGUGGGCUCGGCGCCUGCGCCCUCGGCAGCGGCGGCGCCGAGGCGUCCGCUGCUGCCACUGGUGAGGACGGGGCUCUGUCCAACGGUGGCGAUGCCCGGCCCACCGCUGGUGGCGCGCAAGCACCGCCGGUGGCACCGCAGCUGCCGCUGCAGGCGGAGCCGCUGGCCGCGGCCGAGCCCGGCGGGUGGAGCAAGGAGCAGGACAAGCUGAUCUUGCGGAGCCUGUUUGAGCAUGGGGACUGUCCGGGGACGUGGGAUGGCAUCCGCGAGCAGCUCGGAAUGCAGUUCAACACUGAAGCGAUUGAGCAGCGCGGGCGGCAGCUGAUGGCGCGAAUGAUGGCACUCGCGUAGCGCGGCCGCAGGGCGCUAUCGUCCCAGGUUGUGCUGGAUUGCGUGUUGGGCAUGUUGGGCGUAGGCGGGGUCCGAUGUACGGUAGUCGUACAUGUGCUUCAACCGCAUGACUCAGCUUUGGUGUCGUCACUUGCGUCAAAGAAGACAAGGAGUGUACCUCGACGGGGUGCAUGUCGCUUGUGUUGCAUCGCGUGUGCGCUGCCCCAAGGCAGGUGGGCUUGGCUCCGGGGCAUGGGGAGGGUGUGCUUAUCCUGACCAGACUUGUGACUCCAGAGCUAUUGGAACAGAUGGCCUGCCCUGACUAUGUAGAAAAGUUAGCCGCAUGCUUACCCGAACGACGUGUGUGUCUGGUGUGAGUGUGAUGGGUUAGGCCAAGUGUGGGAGUACUGAGGCAGCGCUAAUGUGCCGUCUGCAUGAGUCUGUACAUGACAUCGUCAUUAUUCAUUGUGACAGUUGACACUGGGAGUCGAGGAGCGUUGGCGGGUGCAAAAGCAGGGUGCGCGAUUCACGAGAGACCUAGCGGACGGAGGUGUGUAAGCUCGCAUUUGUCGUCUCUGUUUGGACAUGCCCCAUGGCUCACUUUGCCGCGCACCUCCUGCCCAAAGGUUGUGGGCAGUCGGUACCAGACGCGGGGUAGUGAGGUAGUGUCGCCUCGACAGUCGGUACCGCACUACCACGUCUACAGUCGACAGGGCAGCAAAAGGCAUGUCGCGGGGGACUGGCCGACCGGGACGACUGGUCGGCAGUCAUAGGGUGGACACGUGCUCAAGGUGCUUCUCAUUGGUAUCAAACCCGACAAACCGGGCAAUUUUCUCUGUUACUGUUUUA